AUGAAAUAAAAGAAUAUUCAAUUUAUAGGAAUAUUUGCCAAGGAUCAAUAAAUGGCCUAAGAAUGCCUAUUCAAUCUCACUUAAUAUGCACUUUAGUUAUUAAACUAGCAAUAUCAGAACGAUUAAGAGUUAUAAAAUAUGCUGAAACAACUAAAACAGAUUUACAAAUUUCCUCCUAGCAUUCACCUAACAUCUCUCUUUGUGGGCAACAAUUAAAAAAACUUUAAAUUGCAAGCAUUCACUGACUUCAAGGAGGACUUGGAGCAAGAACUGGUUAUUGAUGGUAUUGCCAUUAGUCCCAACAACAUUGUGACAGCCAUUUCGAAUCACAAUUAUUAAAUACCUUUGACUAAUAAACAUUCUCAUAUUACUACUUUGUUGGGAUCGUGGAAACCCAAGGAUUCCAACUUAUUGAUGGAGGAAAUCUUUAAACAACUCUCUUAUGAGGAAAUGCAGAAGCAGGUAUAGGAGGACAAGUUUUGGAAAAUUCAAUUGCUCCAAGGGCAAUUUGCUUAUGUGGUCUAAUUUAAAAACAAAACUGUCAUACCAGGGGUAUGCAGAAUGCAUUGA